CGUGGUGAUGCAUCUAUUUUUUUCGAGUAGAAAUUGACUUUUCCUCCACAAUUUGUUCUCGAUACAGCUCAUCUACACGACUACUUCCUUGAUCAAUAUUCCUUGGAACCACAACCCGUCCUCCAUCCACUCGAUCUUUUGCUCUGAUAUUCCUCUCCAUAAACUAUUUUUCGGUUGUCGUGCACUUUUCUGCACAUGUGGUUGUCAUCGCAUGCCCUUUCUUCGGAUAUUUUAGCAUGCUUUAAUGCUUGAUUAUGACGAAAAGAACAUCAUGGCGCCAAAAAUACCACGAGGAACAUCGAGUGAAAGCGUCCCGGGAGGCGGCAGCUGGUGCGGCCCCGAAAGACAAUGUCCUCACCUAAAAGACGAUGCUGGAGCAAUGGCCUCAGACCCCAUUCGCUCCCUAUGGGCUCAAUUCGAGUGCGCAGUUGCGCUGGCGCCAGAUGCAGCUGCUGUCCUUGACAACGAGUACGAGUACUCCUACCGAGAUGUAAGGGAUCUUGCUGUUGGCCUAGCGGCGGUGGUCCACGUUGGAGGGGCGUCUGUGUCCUCGACCGCCUACUCCUCCUUGGGAUCGCCGUUCCUGAAACCAAGAAGUUGCCGAUUUGGUAUUCUUGCUGACGAAGGCGCCUUGAUUCCAGUCGCCUUUCUGGCGGCAGCUGCCUGCAAUGGAACCUUUGUUGCGGUAGAUCCUACGUACCCUGCAGAGCGUAUUUGCUACAUGCUGCGUGGCUGCUCGACGGUGGUUGUUGAUGCCAAAUAUUGGACGACUUUGGAAGCAGCAAGAAGGGAACAGCCGAAGCUGGAAGUUGAGAAUGAGACCACAACUAAAUCGGCGGAAAGUGAAAGUCAAGCAUCUUCUGGCAUCUCUGUGGACCAGUCCACUUCUUGGCACCACAAUUGGGUGGUCGUUUCUGUAGGUUCGUCUGCGGAUGAGAUGCGCGUGCUUUCGUGUUCAGCCUUCCCCGAUUCGGAGGAGUCGAAUUUAGCAGAAGCAAGGAAAUUCAUUCAAGAUUCUCAGUCCGAUGGCUGUGAUUGGAAGCACGAUGAAGAGUUUGUGUCUGCGAAAGAUCCGCGGCCAUUGUAUUUGGUGUACACAUCGGGGAGUACUGGGCAGCCAAAAGCAGUUGUAGGGAGCCAGUUCGCUCUUGGUUCAUAUCUGAGAAUCCAACGAUCACAUACCUGUAGUUCCCAAACUUUGGGAACACAUACGAAUAAAGUAGGGGGCGCUGCCUCGGAGGUAUUGCGACGGCGUUCAGGAGACCGCGUGUUGCUCUGUAGCGCUGUCACUUGGGACCCCAGUGUUUCUGACGUUUUUGGGACAUUGCUGCAAGGCGCAACGUUGGUACUUGUGAAGCGAGCGCAUCUGAUGACAAAUUUGCGUGACGCAGUGGAAGCUAAUGAAGUGACGCAUGCGCUUGCAACGCCAGCGCUAUGGAAAUUACUAGGAGAUGGAAGAGGAGUGCAAGACCCUUCCUCCAAGAGUGGAAUAAGUGACAGGACUAUAAUAGAGCCUGAACAUCGUACUAGAGAACUAAUGCCGUCGUUGCAGAUGCUGCUGCUUGGUGGCGAGUCCUGGAAUCCUGAGGACCUGACACUACCAUCAAGAUUAAAAGCAUUGCACAAUAUUUAUGGGGUGACCGAAGCAACGGUCUACCAGGCCGUUUCAGGAAAUCUCUUGAUGCGUGAGGGAGGCCUUCACUUUCUACAAAGACAAUCUUUGCAGCCGCUACAUGACGACAUCGCAUUUAGCAUAGAGCCAAGUGGGGAGCUAGUCAUAGGGGGACCGCUUGUGUUGACAUACGAGUCUUCUGUUGAGGAGAAGGACGCGAGGAAGUUUUACCUUGACGACAAUUGUAUGAGAUGGUUUCGCAGUGGAGAUCGCGCGGAAUCUGUGCUUUGCUGCGGGUCUCCAUCAUGUGUCGUAAAGGACGUUUUCCCGUUUCGUGUUCAAGGUCGGAUGGAUCGCCAGGUCAAGCUGAACGGUUUCCGCGUCGAAUUGGGCGAGAUCGAAGCCACUAUCGAGGUUGUCGCCACGACGUGUGUUUGCGCUGUCAUUACUAGUGCAAGUGGGACUCCACGGCUUGUUGCAUUUGUUUAUUCAGAAAACCGGGGCAAGCAAGUUGUCGAUGAUUACGCAAAAGCUUCGGGUGCGGGAGGCGAGGAAAAUGAAGACGGGAGCACUCCCUUUCCCCAACACCUUGAUUCGGUAGACUAUGCGAUUGUGCUGCGUGCUUACUGCGAGAAGAAACUUCCGCGCCAUAUGGUCCCGAACGAAUUUGUGGAGUUGUCAUCGAUUCCGCUCACCACGUCUGGGAAGGUAGACCGUCGGAGCGUGGUAGAGCGACACGAAUCCUCACGACAACAAGAGAAGGGCUUGGGAAAGACGUCAACAGUUGUAAUGCAGACUGGAGUGGGAGAAGACGGGGGCUUGGUUAUCCCGCUUUGUACUGGAGAAAAGGGACAGCAGGAGAGAACGACGCAUACAAAGCGGAGACGAGGGAUUAGGCUUCGUGGACCAAGCCCGACGGAAACGCGCCUGAUCGCUUUAUGGCGUGAGAUGCUUGGAAUAGAAAAUGUCGAUGCCCGGACUCAUUUUUUCGAGGCAGGAGGAACUUCAGCGGUUGCCGUUCAAAUGGUACGUCGCCUCGAAGACUUGCGUAAUAAAACAAUCAGCACGUCGGAAGAUGAAAGUGAAACAAAAAUAAAGUCCUCAACAGAUUCUGAGAACGCAGAAAUGCUGCACCGCAAGCUUUGUGGUCUCAUCCGGAAGCCACGGCUUCGAGAGUACGCAGCCUUCGUGGAUUGGGCGGAUAGUGUCAGCCCUGGUGCUCUUGACUCUGCCUCUGCGGACAGUGCUGCUAUUACAAAACUAUAUCCAAAUGGCACUGGCAGUGGCAGUACCCAAGAAGCUCCGGAUGAACCGCGGCAGGACGCAACUGGGCAGACAGAUAAUAGUGCGAAGGAUAGUGGUGUUUCCAAAAAUAUUUUCACCGACGACCAGGACACAGAAAUGGAACUCCUCUAUGAUGCCAUUGAGUUCGGGGACCUGUACUGUUUGCGGAUACUGCUUAGUGCUGCUGUGUCGCCUAAUGGGGGAUUCUCUAAGCGCGAGCGGGGUACUACGCCGUUGCUGUACUUAUUGCAUCGACAUACAUCCGGCGAAGACGGUACUAGUGGAGCGGCAUCUUCAUCAGUUUUUACAGGGAGAAGUAAAGGUAGUUCACCGGACGCUAUUGAGUUGCCGAAGAGCACCAGAGUCAGAGAAAUGAUCUACUGCUUGUUGGAUUUCGGUGCGGACAUUAAUUUGUGCGAUACAUCAGGACGUACGCCGUUGCACUUUUUAGCCCGUUCCACUACGUUAGCACCUGUUUUCCGCGACUUCGAGGCCCGCGGCGCGGUUUUGGGCGUAAAGGACGUCAAUCACUGGUCAUGUUUUUUCUACGCGGUCGUUGCCAGCAAUUCUGCAGUGGUGAAGUUUCUUCUGAACAAGAUAUUACAACAGGCUGAAGACCACGAAUUUGAGUCGACGUCUUCUCGGUCCAAGACUUCACAGGACGUGGCAUCCAAGAAGACAAAAAAGCGGCUACCACUAGACAUAUCCCAUCUCGAUCGCUGGGGCAAUAGUUUGUUGCACCACGCCGUUGAAGCUUGUCUUGCAGCUGCUGGAGUAAGCAAUCCUACGUGUUCAAGUUCAACUUCAUCAGGACCAUCUUUAGAGGACGAUGCGGCAGCGGCUCGUUCAAAUUCUGAGGCACUCAGGGUUUUGCGUAUGGUAGUGGAUAAAUAUCGGCGAGCGGGAUUAUCAUUGGAUUUCAAAGCGUUGCAACGUGCGCAUCGAAGGCGAAACGGCGUCGAGGAGUCGUGGUCGCCGCUGCAUUUGGCUGUAAGGGGUCGCAACGUGGAGUUGGUUCGGCUACUUCUCGCGGCAGGAUCGGACCCCAUGAAGAACAGAGACCAUGAGGCGCGAACACCUUUGCACGCUGUGUGCAUGCUGCGACCCUUUGACCAACAGGCCUUCACAAUGUUGCAGCUCUUCACCGCUCCUGCCAGCGCCUCUAGUCGCAGGGCUUCAGCGUCAGGAGCAGCAGACGAAACAGUUCAAGUAGUUCUUUCCUGCAAUACUGCUGAUGUGCAGGCUCUGAUGAACGCAGUCGACCGGCACUUGCGGACACCGGUCUUUUACCUCGUUGACGAGGAGGGCGGGAGAGAAGAUGGAGCUGAGUCUCGCAGCGUUACUAAAGACGGAGACGAGAAAGAGGAACAAGACGCAAUAUUUGACGUUGCAAUACAGCUCUUACUGUCGUGUGGCGCUAGUGUCAACGCACACGAUCGACAGGGACGAAAUUAUCUGGACUAUCACGCAUCCUUUCGCUACGAAGAUGGUAUUAGUAAUGGCAACGGAUCUGAAAGGGAAGAGGCUGGUAUGAUUAAGGAAAAUAUUGAAGCUGCUGAAGACGCAUCAGCGGAACCCGAACCACUACAGGCCAAAGAUCCAGCUGCACCGAAAGUGAAAGAUAAGAUUCGGUUGCAAGUACUAACCACGAAUUAUGAGAGAGCUUCGGCGGAUGGCGAUGUCCUCGAUGGUGCUCAAGACAUUGAUCAAGUGAUCGUUGGCGAGACGCACCAAUUCAAAGGACGUUUUAGGGUAGCUGUUGACAUCCGGCAGAGCGAUUUCCAGCAUAAGAAGGAACAGGCGAAAAAAAAUCAAUGCUUCCGUUGUCUACGCUUUGGCCACUCUUAUCGGCACUGCGAAUUUGCACCCCGUUGUCGAGUAUGCGGAGAGGAGCACGAGACGAAGGACCACCAACAUCAGAGACCUGCGGAUUUGCUUUCGCAGUAUGUUGAUUAUCCAUUUUCUCGACGCCCAGAAAUUAUCUGAAAAGUUCACAUGAAAGUUGCAGGAGAGAACAUCUUCUAACAAAGUUAUUCCAUAUUAUGUGCCCGUUGUGAACAAGUCCCAUAUGGAUAUGAUCCAUAUCCCCAUCCUCCUUUAAUCGAAUAAAAUGCGCUUGUACUCCUCUUCUGAAGCACCG